AUGAGCAUGUCAAAGUUGGCCCGAUGCACCCUGCAGAUAAACAAAACAUGCGGGGUAGUAGAAGCACAGACGAAGAACAAGGCAGCGGUGACCACGUAUAGAGGGCUGAGAAAAAUUAGCAGCAGUAGUAACAGUGUGUACAAGAAAUGGUAUGCUCAACUGAUCGCCAAGGAAUUUAACAGCAGGUGUGGAGGAUUGGUGAAACAUUUUAGUACCGCAGGAGAAAGUUACGAAUUUAAGGCAGAGACGAAGAAGCUGCUACAAAUAGUUGCACACUCGCUCUACACAGAUAAGGAAGUAUUCAUUAGGGAACUUAUUAGUAACUCCUCCGAUGCGUUGGAAAAAAGGAGAUUCACUCAAACAGCGUCCAUUAAAAGUGUAGAGGAUACGAUAGGAAAUGAAACGGCUGAGAUUCCCCUGCACAUCAAGGUGUCCGCUGAUGCAAACAAAAAUUUAUUCAUAAUUGAGGACAGCGGAAUUGGUAUGAACAAGGAAGAGGUCAUUGAGAAUUUGGGCACGAUAGCUAAGAGUGGCUCUCAGAAUUUCCUAAACGCCUUAAAGGAGAAAAGCAGGAAUGCAACUGAGGAGAGUAAAAAUGUUGUAGAGCAGUCAGGUGAAAGGGGAGAUAUUUCCAAAUCUGUAGAUAAUAUUAUAGGGCAGUUUGGUGUAGGCUUUUACAGUUCUUUUGUCGUUUCAGAUGAAGUGGAAGUGUUCACACGAUCACAUGAUGCUAACGCAGUUGGUUAUCACUGGAGGUCGGAUGGGAAUGGUUCUUUCACUUUGAGGGAAGUGGAGGAUCUGCCCAGAGGUACCAAAAUUGUUUGCCACCUUAAGGAGAGCUGUAAAGAAUUUUCUAACAUCCAUAGGGUUCAAGAAAUUGUAGAGAAAUUUUCCUCCUUUAUUAACUUCCCAGUUUAUAUUGUUAAUCGAAAGAAGGACAUAAAGGGAAGUAGCCGAUUGGUGAAGGGGGACGAUGUGGAAAAGGAAGAAGGCCCUGUCACACAGGAGAGACUUGAUAAGGAAGUAGAAAAAGAGAAAAGAAUGGAAGGGACAGCGGAAGUGGAGGAAGCCACCACCGUUGCGGAUACUGUUAAAGAGGACACAGAAAGCUUGAUGGAUGAAGUGCUGAUAAAUAACCAGAAACCUUUGUGGUGCAAAGAGAAUGUGACAGAGGAAGAACAUGAGAAAUUUUUCAAAUUUUUAACAAAGAAAAAAAGCUACGAUGAUGAUAAGGGAUAUGUGUACAAGGUGUUGUACAAAACGGACGCACCCAUGUCUAUAAAGAGUGUCUUUUACAUCCCGGAAGAAGCUCCAUCGAGGUUGUUUCAACAGAGCAAUGAGAUUGAAGUAUCGCUUUACUGCAAAAAGGUGCUGGUGAAGAAAAGCGCAGACAAUAUAAUUCCAAAGUGGUUACACUUCGUCAAGGGAGUAAUUGAUUGUGAGGACAUGCCACUGAACAUUAGCCGAGAGAAUAUGCAAGACAGCACCUUGAUCAGUAAAAUAUCUAGAGUGGUAGUAACCAAAAUUUUGAAGACCCUAGAGAAGGAAUCCACAAGAGAUGAGGACAAGUAUAGAAAGUUUUAUACAAACUAUAGUUACUACUUAAAGGAAGGAGUACUGGAAGAUUCUUCAAAUAAUUUUUAUAAAAAUAUUUUGAUGAACCUCUUACGCUUUUAUUCCAUUCAACAAAGGAAAAAUAUUUCACUUAAAGAUUAUGUAGGAAAUUUUAAAAAUUCACAAAAAAAAAUAUAUUACUUUUGUGUCAACGAGUUAGAUGUGGCUCUUUCCUCUCCCUACAUGGAGCCUUUUAAAAAGCAGGGAGUAGAUGUGCUUCUUCUGUUUGAAGAAAUUGAUGAAUUUGUUCUCAUGAAUCUGCAAGAGUUUAAUGGAGCCAAGUUUGUUUCCAUUGACUCUUCUCAGAAUGAGGACUUCGACCAGGACCUGCUCAAUGCUAACAAGGGGGGCGAUGGUGCUAAGGAGGGUGACAAGGGUGAUGAAAGUUCCAAUCAGACACAGAAAAAUCGCAUCUUUAAUGAUAGUCAAAAGAGUGAGCUAGCCAAAUAUUUCAAAGAUGUAUUGGGUUCUAAAUGUUCAGAUGUGAAAUUCUCUGACCGUUUAACAGAAUCUCCUGCAGUAGUUACUGGAUUUUUAUCCCCCACACUGAGGAAGGUUAUGAAGGCUACCAUGAAGAAUAGCUCCUUCCAGGACAAUAACAUGUUGCAUAAUUUACCUGCAACGUUAGAAUUAAACCCUUCUCAUACAAUUGUUACGUCUAUUUUCCAUCUCAAGAAUACCAACCAGGAGGUGGCCAAAUUGUUGGUUCAGCAGCUGUACGAUAAUGCUUGUAUCGCUGCGGGUAUUUUGGAAGACCCCCGAUCGCUGUUGACAAAAUUGAACGAACUUCUUGUCCUUACUGCUAGGUAUGCUUACCAUUAUGAGAAGAACGCAGAUGGAGUUUCAGGUGCCCAGCAGGACCAGUCCCUGAGUGACUCCAGCGCUGGCAACGUAGACAAGGCCAUCCCCCCUACUGAGGCUAGAACCGCCCAGGAAGAUGAACGGGAGCAGAACUCCGCCAAGGAGGCCCAGGCGUCCAAGUUGUAA